UCUCUCCUCUCUCUUUUAUAUGCUUUUACGUUUUCUCUCCGCCUCUCGUCUUUCAAGUUCUGUGGAGGUGAAAGAAAACAGAGCUAAAACACCAAAGGAACAAGAAAGAAUACUCAAAUAAGCAGCCUAAAAGAAGAAAAAGAAAAAGAAAAUGGCUUUGCAGUUGAAUGCUAUCAACUUUCAAUCCCAGAAGUUCCCCUCUUUUGGUCUUCCGCCAAUGGCCAGCCUCAGAUCUCCCAAAUUCAUCAUGGCUUCAACUCUUCGUUCUGGAACAAAGGAGGUUGAAAACAUCAAAAAGCCUUUCACUCCUCCCCAUGAAGUUCAUGUACAAGUAACGCACUCUAUGCCGCCUCAAAAAAUUGAGAUCUUUAAGGCUAUGGAGAACUGGGCUGAGGAAAAUAUAUUGGUUCACUUGAAGCCUGUGGAAAAAUGUUGGCAACCACAGGAUUUCCUGCCAGAUCCUGCUUCUGACGGAUUUCAUGAUCAAGUCAAGGAACUGAGGGAACGUGCAAAGGAAAUUCCAGAUGAUUACUUUGUUGUUUUAGUUGGAGAUAUGAUCACAGAAGAAGCCCUUCCAACUUACCAGACUAUGCUUAAUACAUUGGAUGGCGUUCGUGAUGAAACAGGUGCAAGUCUAACCUCUUGGGCAAUUUGGACCAGGGCUUGGACUGCAGAAGAAAACAGGCAUGGUGACCUCCUUAACAAGUAUCUCUACUUGUCUGGACGAGUAGACAUGAAACAGAUUGAGAAAACAAUUCAGUAUCUGAUUGGGUCAGGAAUGGAUCCUCGGACUGAAAACAGUCCUUACCUUGGAUUUAUCUAUACAUCCUUCCAAGAAAGGGCAACUUUUAUUUCCCAUGGGAACACAGCCCGACUAGCCAAGGAACAUGGGGACAUCAAGUUGGCUCAGAUCUGUGGUACAAUUGCAGCGGAUGAAAAGCGUCAUGAAACUGCCUACACCAAGAUUGUUGAGAAGCUAUAUGAGAUUGACCCUAAUGGGACUGUGCUAGCAUUUGCUGACAUGAUGAGGAAAAAAAUUUCUAUGCCAGCUCAUUUGAUGUAUGAUGGACGCGAUGAUGACCUUUUUGAGCACUUCUCAGCUGUUGCACAGCGCCUUGCUGUUUACACAGCCAAGGACUAUGCAGAUAUACUGGAGUUUUUGGUUGGCAGAUGGAAAGUGGGAGAUCUGACUGGACUAUCUGCUGAGGGUCGCAAAGCUCAAGAUUAUGUCUGUGGGUUGCCUGCUAGAAUCAGAAAGCUAGAGGAGAGAGCUCAAGCGAGAGCCAAACAAGGACCCCGCAUUCCCUUUAGCUGGAUAUAUGACAGAGAAGUGCAGCUCUGAUUGUAUGACAAAAGAAGUUAAGUUGAACUCUCUGCCUAGUCUUUUCUUUCUUCCCAAAACACGUAUAUGUAGGUUGGAUGUGAGCUGUAGCUUGCUUACAAUUUCAAGCGUUAUGUUGUUGGGGAGAGAUUUUGUCAGGAAUGACUUUUUGUAGAUACUGUUUUAUUUGUCCGGUAUCAGUAGAACUCCUUGUGGAGUUACUAUAGUUUCAUAUUCUGCUUUGAAUGGGUUAUUGUAUGUUUUGGACUUCUAGUCUAGUGUUAUGUGACUGUAAACAUAUAAUCAAUAUUAGGCAAUUUUGAUUAUGGUCUACUAA